GUAAUGCACACACAAGGUUGCUUGCCAACCGCCAUAAAAAUCAGAAGACUGCACGUAUGCACAAUUGAAGCUGCUCCGUGAGACAAAGGACGAAGGCUAACUACUUCCAGAAUCCCGAUUUUAAAGCAAUUUGGUGCGCCAUCCAUUUAUCACAAGUAAGUAUAGAAGCACGUUUUUGUAUAACAAUUUCCAACCUACAUGAUUAAUUUCAGACCAUUUUACGGUUUUAGCGUUGUGUAUAAAUGCGCGCCGGCGCUAACUAGCAUACAUUUCUCGUGCAGGUUGGCUGUUAUAAAGUUUCCAAACUGACCAAAGACCAACGAAUGACUUCUGAAGAAGGGAGGAUUUAUUUGUAGUUUAGUUAAACAAUAAUUUGCCCCGUCAGUGAUAUGGUUUGAAUGCUGCCUGAACGUUCCGAAUUUGGCAGACACGGUGAGGACAAUGCUGAGGAAAAUUGCCACAAACAAAGUCCUGGAGCAGCUUGGCCUCCGUGGACAGUCAGGAAAAGUGGCGUUUGAGGACUUGCCCCUUUACAGAAUAAUAAAUAGGAAUUCUAAAUUGUGCUGGUGAUUGCUGAGGCAUGCAGGGGUGUUUACAAGCAGAUGACCACAGCUGAAGUGGAUUGUGAGCUUGGAGAGGUCCUGAAACUGGCCACUUUUCGAAAGGGAGGUUCAAAAUUUGAGGAGAAGAGGAGGAAUUAAGAGGGAGGACGAAAAAGGAAAAAGAAACAAGCAAAAGAACAGUGAGAUGAGAGGUGGCUCCUUCUUUUGUGGUCGUUGAGUUCCUUGGUGAACAUUCAGUCGCUGUUGUCCCAACCAAAUGGACAGAAGAUGAUGGAAAGAAUACCUUCUGCUAUCGGCCAAGGCCAAAUCCUACCCACUCCAGAAUCCGGAAAGCUGAGAUUCCUGACAAACAAUUCUGGGAGAGGCUGCCAAUUCGGGUUUUCAGGAAAACUGACUGAAGACUUUGACAAGGCCCUUCAAUACGAAAAACAAGCUAAAAUGUUUGAGCCCAGAAGUGUUAACCAAACGGAGCCACAUCACCCCUGAACGCUAUAGAAACGAUGAGGAAGAUGUGUUUGAUGCUGACGAUGAAGAGGAAAUUCGGCCAAAAAAGAACUGCAGAAAAGAGAAAACACAGAUCUUCGUCCAGGCACCCCCACUGCCAGAGCUCCCAACCUUUAACUUUCCAAUCUCCAGCGAGUACCAGACCACUUCAGCCAAUACCAGACCACUCCAAGGCAUCCAGACCGACCUCACAGCCCAGCGAGAAGCAGCACUUCCAGGCUCAGUCCAAACAGGAAUGCAUCCAGCUCAAGCCAGUACCAGACCGCUCAAGCCAGUACCAGACCACUCCAGCCAGUACGAGUCAGUACCAGACCGCUCCAAGAAGCAGCAGGAAUGCCCUUGACAGUGAAUUUUUCCAGUUGAACAUGAAAGUUCAAAAUAUACUUGAGAACCAGGGAGAAAUUAUGCGCAUGCUGAGAGGGCUGGCAGCACAGUCUGUGGGGCCAGAAUCUGUGGAUGUUCAAGAUCUCAUUGAUCAGCCUUUCAAGACUCUUGAGCAGCUGAAGGCCUUCUGUGAACGGCUCGACACUGAUCUUCUGCUCAGAAAGCAGCUGGUGAAAGCUCUUACUGCUCUUGGUGGGCAGAAUUUGGCAGACACGGUGAGGACAAUGCUGAGGAAAACUGCCACAAACGAAGUCCUGGAGCAGCUUGGCCUCCGUGGAAAGUCAGGAAAAGUGGCGUUUGAGGACUUGCCCCUUUACAGAAUAAUAAAUAAGGUGUUUACAAGCAGACGACCACAGCUGAAGUGGAUUGUGAGCUUGGAGAGGUCCUGAAACUGGCCACUUUUCGAAAGGGAGGUUCAAAAUUUGAGGAGAAGAGGAGGAAUUAAGAGGGAGGACAAAAGGAAAAAGAAACAAGCAAAAGAACAGAGUGAGAUGAGAGGAUUUGGGUUUCCCUGCUUGGGCUGCUGCCCCCGCGACCCGACCUAGGAUAAGCGGAAGAAGAUGGAUGGAUGGAUGGAUGGAUUUACUUCCAGGAAGAGAACAAAGAAGGGGCAGGAUACACUGACGCGCACAACCAAGACCACUGCAUUCC